UGAGUUAUGCAUUGAGCGCAAUUUACCACGCUUUAUAAGUCUGUGUACACGAAGAGGACGUACCCAUUGUGACGUCUUGUCUCCGUCAAUACCCACUACCAUUCAUAUGCAGAAAUCGAGCAACUGGUUGAUGUGAGGCUGAGCGCGACGGUCCAAAAUAACCUGCUGACUUGCUCUUAUGACUUUCACUUAUCAUCAUGGCGUCGCGAGGAGGGAAAUGUUUACUGAUUUUAACGGUGAUCGCCGCGGUGCUUAGCGGCGUGGAUUCCAGGCCCGAUGGGGCUCCUGUUGCGGCCUGUACUAGUCUUACUCCGAGUCAUGGUGUCUCUCUCGCCAACGGACCCAGCCCAUACUCGCUCCAGCUCAGCCAGUCGACCUACACACCGGGAGGAAUGGUGUCUGUUACGGUUGUUGCUAGCCAGCAGUAUCGGGGCAUCAUACUUCAGGCUCGUCGGACUGAUGGUUUGUCUACUGCUCCCCAGGGCAGUUGGCUCAAUCUUCAAGAUGCUCAACUGCUGGACUACAAAAGGAUUAGAUGUAGUAGCACCCAUGACACUAUCACGCACACGAACCGAAAUGACAAAUCGGUGUCUCAGACCUUCACAUGGUUGACGCCUAUCACGGACGUCGGGAGUGUCAGAUUUGUAAUGUCAGUUGUGCAAACCUACAACACAUACUGGGUGAACGUGGAGUCGAAUGUGAUAACAUAUUUUGCAGGUGAGCCGUUAAAUUGUCCCAUCGUCUUUUUACGACCCAUUUUUUCUUCCCCUUGAUUGAGUCAGUUAAAA